GCAUGCUUUGAAUUUACAGUUGUAGAAACUCAUGAAAAUAACAAAAUUCUUUGAUGACUUUGUCUUUACUAGUCCUUGAACUUUAACAAAUAUACUGCGUUUUCUUUUCAACAAUAACAAACAUUUCCGAGAACUUGUAAAACAUAAGAUAAGAAUGCAGCGUCUGUGUGAGACCGAGUGCCAAUGUACUUUACUUGCAUUACACUCAUUAUUGCCACUUUUUACUCUAAUUAACCAAAUUACCAAGGGUCUAGUUAACAUGAAAACACUUGAGACUGGUUAGAUAGUAAGAUGGUGUAUAAAAGCCCUUGUAGGUUGGUCCAGCUACAAUAAUUACAAAGCGAAAGCGGUAAAGUAACAUAGUGCCCUAGUUAGUUAUCCUUUCAACCAAAACCGUGCUAAACAUGAUAUCUCUUCAUAUUAAACUUGUAGCCUUUGUGGCUGCAGCAAUCACCGUUGCAUCCUCAAAUGCCCAACACAGAGAUCUGCGUCCAAGUUGCAACAGUCUAUCUGAAGGCGUACAUCUAGUUGAUCCUUCCAGAUGCGACGGCUAUUACGUCUGUACGAGGGGCAGAGCCGUUCAUUAUAGCUGUCGCUUUGGUCAAUUCUAUGAUGAACUCAGCCAGUCGUGCAAAUUGUCCAAUUUGGUUAACUGUUUAAAUUUUCGAGGCGUAGGCUUGCGUGUUACGGCAAGUGUAGAAAACCGUCUACAGCCCACAACAACUCCCCCUUGUGAAUCCACUACAACUCCUUGCAACCAACCACUGACCACCACCUGUGAACCAGAGAAAACAACGACACCUUCCUGUGAACCAGAGAAACCAACUACUCCCUGUGAACCAGAGAAACUAACUACCACCCCUCCUUGUGAACCAGAGAAACCAACUACGACUUCUUGUGAACCAGAGAAACCAAGUACGACUACUCCUUGUGAACCAGAGAAACCAACUACUCCUUGUGAACCAGAGAAACCAACUACUCCCUGUGAACCAGAGAAAACAACUACCACCUCUCCUUGCGAACCAGAGAAACCAACUAUUCCCUGUGAACCAGAGAAAUCAACUACUACUCCUUGUGAACCAGAGAAACCAACUACUCCCUGUGAACCAGAGAAAACAACUACCACCUCUCCUUGCGAACCAGAGAAACCAACUACUCCCUGUGAACCAGAGAAACCAACUACCACUCCUCCUUGUGAACCAGAGACACCAACUACUACCUGCGAACCAGAGAAAACAACUACCACCACUCCUUGCGAACCCGAGAAACCAACUACUCCCUGCGAACCUGAGAAACCAACUACUCCUCCUUGUGAACCAGAGAAAUCAACUACUCCAUGUGAACCAGUGAAGCCAACUACUCCUUGCGAACCAGAGAAACCAACUACUCCCUGUGAACCAGAGAAACCAACUACUACUCCUUGUGAACCAGAGAAAACAACUACUCCCUGCGAACCCGAGAAACCAACUACUACUCCCUGUGAACCAGAGAAAACAACUACCACCACUCCUUGCGAACCCGAGAAACCAAUUACUACUCCCUGCGAACCCGAGAAACCAACUACUACAUGUGAACCAGUGAAGCCAACUACUCCCUGCGAACCAGAGAAACCAACUACUCCCUGUGAACCAGAGAAACCAACUACCACCACUCCUUGCGAAUCAGAGAAAUCAACUACUACUCCCUGUGAACCAGAGAAAUCAACUACUACUCCUUGUGAACCAGAGAAACCAACUACUCCAUGUGAGCCAGAGAAACCAACUACCACCCCUCCUUGUGAACCAGAGAAACCAACUACUCCCUGUGAACCAGAGAAAACAACUACCACCACUCCUUGCGAACCCGAGAAACCAACUACUCCCUGCGAACCUGAGAAACCAACUACUCCUCCUUGUGAACCAGAGAAACCAACUACUCCAUGUGAACCAGUGAAGCCAACUACUCCCUGCGAACCAGAGAAACCAACUACUCCCUGUGAACCAGAGAAACCAACUACUACUCCUUGUGAACCAGAGAAAACAACUACUCCCUGCGAACCCGAGAAACCAACUACUACUCCCUGUGAACCAGAGAAAACAACUACCACCACUCCUUGCGAACCCGAGAAACCAAUUACUACUCCCUGCGAACCCGAGAAACCAACUACUACAUGUGAACCAGUGAAGCCAACUACUCCCUGUGAACCAGAGAAAACAACUACCACUCCUUGUGAACCAGUGAAACCAUCUACCACUCCUCCUUGUAAACCAGUGGAAUUAACUACCACUCCUUGUGAAUCAGUGAAAUCAACUACUACCCGUGAACCAGAGAAGACAUCUACCCGUGAACCAGAGAAGACAUCUACCCGUGAACCAGAGACGACAUCUACCCUUGAACCAGGGAUAGAAACUACUCCUCCCUCAUUAGCACCUCCACAACGUAUUCCCAGACCUCUUGUAACCUUCAUGAGCUUUUCUAAGGAAGACUGUCACACCAGGACAGAUGGCACUUUCCUUCAGGACGCAAUCCACUGUCGUCAAUACUACGAGUGUCAGGGCGGAGUACGUCUGUUACGCAGAUGUCGAAUUGGCAAUUGGUUCGAUGUCGAAGCUGGAGAGUGUCGAAGAAGUAGGCUUGUGCUCAACUGUCCUGCAAACCGAAAUUAAUGAAUUUUUCAAAUAACUUUGGCAUUUUUUGAUAUAUAUGAUAUAAUACAAAUAAUUGAAUAAAAUUUAAUAUAUUAUUAAACAUUA